AUGAUUUCGUUUUUUUACGAAGUGAAGAGUUUCGUCUACGAACACCGUUGGCUCUUGUCGUUUGCCGUCGUCGCGUCCGUCCUCGGCUACCUGGCGGGAAUGCAUUUUUGCGGCUCGCUCAUGCCGUACUCUGGCACCGGUCUGUCCACGUCCACCGGCUCGCCGCCGUCAAGCGUCCAAUAUUGGGGAGAGGUCCAGAAGAAAAUCGACCAGAUGGCCGACGACGUCCGACAGCUGCAGUCGUACGUCAACACGGGCCGACGGAUUUUUCGCUUGCCCAAACCGGCGUAA